GCCCCAGGAUGUAGGCGAUCAGCGGAGGCGCUCCUGCAGGCGGACGGCUCAUCAUGAAGAAGCACUCGGCCCGGGUGGCCCCGCUCAGCGCCUGCAACAGUCCGGUCCUUACCCUCACCAAAGUGGAAGGGGAGGAGCGCCCCCGGGACUCCCCGGGCCCGGCGGAGGCCCAGGCGCCGGCUGGGGCGGAGGCCGGCGGGAGAGGCAGCCACCCCUGCUGGAAGUGCUCCCGGGCGCAGCUCAAGAAGAUCUUCUGGGGCGUGGCGGUGGUGCUGUGCGUGUGCUCCUCGUGGGCGGGCUCCACGCAGCUCGCCAAGCUGACCUUUCGGAAGUUCGACGCACCCUUCACCCUGACAUGGUUUGCCACCAACUGGAACUUUCUGUUCUUCCCGCUCUACUACAUGGGGCACAUCUGCAAGUCCACGGAGAAGCAGUCUGUGAAGCAGAGAUACAGGGAAUGCUGUCGAUUUUUUGGAGACAAUGGCUUGACUUUGAAGGUGUUUUUUACAAAGGCAGCACCCUUUGGUGUUCUUUGGACACUCACAAACUACCUGUACUUACAUGCAAUAAAGAAAAUAAACACUACGGAUGUCUCCGUCUUAUUCUGCUGCAACAAAGCUUUUGUGUUCUUGCUCUCAUGGAUCGUUCUCAGGGACAGGUUCAUGGGAGUGAGGAUUGUGGCCGCCAUCCUCGCCAUCGCUGGGAUCGUGAUGAUGACCUAUGCGGAUGGCUUCCACAGCCACUCGGUCAUCGGCAUAGCGCUGGUGGUGGGCUCUGCAUCCAUGUCUGCCCUCUACAAGGUUCUGUUCAAGCUCCUCCUGGGCAGUGCUAAGUUCGGAGAAGCCGCCUUAUUUUUGUCCAUUUUGGGUGUGUUUAACAUCCUCUUCAUCACCUGUAUUCCCAUCAUCCUCUACUUUACCAAAGUGGAAUACUGGAGCUCUUUCGAUGACAUUCCAUGGGGCAACCUUUGUGGAUUUUCAGUCCUCUUAUUGACAUUCAAUAUUGUAUUAAAUUUUGGAAUUGCUGUUACGUAUCCCACUCUGAUGUCUGUUGGAAUCGUCCUCAGUGUACCUGUAAAUGCAGUGGUUGAUCACUACACCAGUAAGAUCGUCUUCAACGGGGUCCGGGUCAUCGCCAUCAUCAUCAUCGGCCUGGGCUUCCUCCUCCUGCUCUUGCCCGAGGAGUGGGAUGUCUGGUUGAUCAAGCUGCUCACCCGCCUCAAAGUGAGGAAGAAGGAGGAGACGGCGGAGGGCGCCGCAGACCCGGGCUCGGGACCUCAGAGCAAGAACAGAAGAGCCCGCCCUUCGUUUGCCCGCUGACCGAGGCCCCCCAGAACUCUGGGGCGAACGCUCACGCUCGUUGUUAGUGACUUGGGGGGGGGUCUCUUCCUGGCGGGGGUCCCUCACUUCGGUAAGGUGUACAUACCUGUACAGUUCCGGUAAUCUGCGGUAAGUUAUAUGGUAUUUAUUGGCAUGUCCAAUUUGCUUGCACUUUUUCCACAUCAGACCUUUCACCUAAGGUUACCAAUUCAAGAUGAAAGAGACCAGAAGGGCCUCUCGGCCCUUUUUCAAUGAAUGUAAGGCUGGUUACGACUACCCUGGCAUUGGUUGUCUUGGGGAUGACGAGAGGCAGGGCCAAGUGUUCUGAAUCUUAGCAACUGAAAAAUUACAUUGCACACUGUGAUUACUUUUCAGCUAUGGUAGGGUCAUAUUUUGUUUUAUACCAGAGCUGUAUUCUUAAUUUUAAGGGAUCUCAAUGAACCAAAAGCUAACUGUUCAGUUAAUCUGGACGGACGGAGGGACGGAUGAGGAUGUCAAGAGGUGACGCGGAAAAGGAAAACGGACUUUGGAACCCAUCGACUGUGGACUUAACCUCGGGCCGACAGUUGGAGGGGGACAGGCCCGAGCCGGGUGACAGAGAGGGAAAGAGACGUCCAAGCCCCAGCUGGCCCCAGUGUAAGAUCAUGCGCGAGAAAUUACAGUGCCUUCUACAGAAUUUUCGUCUUUACCUAUGUGAAGCGAGGUGACAUUGUAAGUCACUGGCGCCGUCUUAUCAUUUAGAUGUAAAAAUCUUUAGAAACCAAUAAAACUAUAUGUGUGUGUGUAUGUGUACAAAAAAUGACGAGCCGGUGACCGGUGUAAUGGUACAUGGUUAGCAGUGUGCAAUGCACAUACAAGGUAGGCUGUGCCGGAGGUGGAUUGCUGAUUGCUUUCACUUCACGACCAAGAUUGAAAAAUUUCUUCCUGAACCUGUAAACCUUUUUAUGAAACUUUUAAAGCACCAGGCUGUUUACGUACACAAUCUAGGUCUGCCAGAAAACUUCUAUCUGUGAUAGAUCUUGUAAAGAGGGACAAGGGGGUUAGAGUUUACUAUUUUUGAAGUUUACAUUGUUACAUACGAAAUGGAAACCUUAUUUUGAAAUGUUGUCAUAACCCAAUGGUGCACUCUGUUACCCAUGGAGUCUUUCGUUUCAUAGGGGAAAGGGGCAUUCGUGACCUGAACUUUUUAGCAGAUUAUUAUUCUCAGUUUCCAUUACCUGUUUGGCCAAACAGAUUAAUAAACUAUUUCAAAACGAA